AUGGUGACACUUGGUAACGCCGCUGGCCCCGCACGGCGGGUGCUCCGCAGGGGGCUCUGGGGGCUGAUGCUGCUCCUGUCUGUAGCCAUAUACGGCUCUCACGCUCCCCUCCUCACCCUCUGCAAGGUGGAUGGGACGAUCCCCUUCAGCUCCGCGUCCGUCGUGGUUCUUGUCGAGCUGACAAAACUGCUGCUCUCCCUCCUCUUCCUGCUGACCUGCAACCGGGACCUGCUGCGUGUGGCUGUGUCGUGGCGCCACAUCAUCCCCUUCGCCCUCUCUGCUCUGCUCUAUGCUGCCAACAACAACCUGGUGGUCCACAUGCAGCUCUUCAUGGAUCCCAGCACCUACCAGGUGCUGAGCAACCUGAAGAUCGUCAGCACUGCGCUCCUCUACAGCCUGUUCCUGCGGCAGAGGCUGGGAGCACGCCGCUGGCUGGCGCUGCUGCUGCUGCUGGCUGCGGGGCUGAGCUACAGCUGCGGCGGCCUGCGGGACCCCGGCAGCACCUCCGAGAUGCAGCUGCACGUCACGCUGCUGGGCUUGGUGCUGCUGGCAGUUUACUGCCUCAUAUCGGGCUUGUCCGCCGUCUACACGGAAGCCAUCCUGAAGAGCCAGGCGCUGCCGCUCAGCCUUCAGAACCUCUUCCUUUACUUCUUUGGGGUCCUGCUCAACUUGAUGGGCUACUUGUGGAGCAGCGCGGAGGGUGGGUUCUGGGAGGGCUUCUCCUCCUGGGUGCUGGUGAUUGUGCUCAGCCAGGCCUUGAACGGCUUGAUCAUGUCCGUGGUCAUGAAGCACAGCAGUAACAUCACCAGGCUCUUCGUCAUCUCCUGCUCCAUCCUGGUCAAUGCCCUCCUGUCCGUCACCCUCUUCAACCUGCAGCUCACCCUCCUCUUCUUCGUUGCCGUCUCAUGCAUCGGCCUCGCUGUUCACUUGUACUAUGGGGUGACGUAGCUGUUGACCCUGCCCUGCGUGCCCUGGGGUGAUCUCCAGCCGUUCUCAGGGGUGCUCUCAGCUCCUCAGCGGGCCUCUCCCAUCGGCCUUGCUGCGCUGCUGAUGGCAGGAGGUGUUACUGGUGGAUGGGUGCAAGAGCAGCACUGUGGGGGGAGGUCCCUGUUCUGGGGGGACACUGGGCCCCACUCCAGCCCUGCUGAGCUCUGCCACGGGGCUCCUGCACCCUUGGGUGCCCCCAGCCGCCCCAGUGGGUCCUGAAUGUUCUUGCAGUGUGUCACGUUUUGAGCUGCAUCCCCACCUUCUCCACACCAAAGAGCGCACCCGUUCCUUGUGCCUGUAAAUGCUGCGCUGUGGGCUCUGUGCGCGGGCAGCUCUGCUGCACGACCGCUGCCCGGCCAGCCUUGCUCUGACACCGUCUCCCCUCCCAUGGGUGGUGUGUCCCCAUGUCAGGGGGGCCAUGUCCACUCGACAUGCUCAGCUGAUCCCCAGCCCGUGGCCCCAGGGGAGCCCCAGUGCUGCAGGAGGUCACCCUGCUGGGCUGAGCCCCCCGAGGUGGGCAGAGGUUUGUCCCUCCGGGUCUGUGGAGGUACCAGCCACGUGCACAGGGCUGGGCUCUGCUCCCUGCAGAACUGCACAUGGGGGCAGGGGCGUCUCUCCCCCGUCUGCAGUUUUCCAGCCCCUGGCUGAAGGGCCCCUCUCCUCAGCCUCAUUCCCCUCAGUUGUGGUGUUGCUGCCCUGUGCAGAGCAGAUGGGGAGUGGGGGGUGUGGGAUCUGCUUUGCCUGCUCCCAAAAAGGGAGACAGGGCUUGGAUUUGUACCAAGGUGGUGGCUGGUGAGCUCCUGGCUCCACUGGCCCUGGCCGAGGGUAUUAAAGCUGCGGUUCAACAGUA